AACAGUUUUUCAAUGUCGCUAACAUUGUUGCAAUGUAAAACAUUGCAGUCAGCUUAACGUGACUUAAAACUGUAUUUUUCAUGUUUAAUUUGCUUUAAUCGUGUCUCGUCGGUCCGAAUAGUAGAGUGUGCAACGAAUGCAUUGUUGUUGUUGUUGUGUGAUGUACGUAUUACGAGCUGAAAAUCUUGAAGGUUCAAUUAAAAAUGUGCAACAGGUCUGUUGUAUGUGCAGAGCGCAGCAUGCUGUAAGGGGAAAGGGACGCCAUGGUGGAUAGACAUCGUCAUAGUGUUGUUAACCAGAUAGAGGAACCAAGGCCUAGGCCAAGAUGGGGAAGUCUGGCCAAUGAAAGAGCGCUUCUAGAUCUUCUGGAUGGUGACCAGCAGAACUUGCAGCCCACUUCCCUCACGUUGGCGCCCAUCAACAGCUCCAACAUUUAUGCGAGGCGGCACUCGGCGCACACCUGUCCUAUCACGGAAGAGAGAAAUGCUACGGUGGCUAGCAUACCUCCGCCUGUACCAAUGCGACCACCUGCCGUACCCAAAAGAACGCACGUACCCCCACCGGUGAAUGCUAACGAGACCGUUGUUAAAACGAGCGUCCGAACAUUACCACAACCACCUCCAGUCAUUCCACCUCUGCCGAAAUCUCGAGCGUUACCCCCCAUACCCACUGUAGAUACCAAACCCAGGCCACCGGUCAGACACCAGAUCUCCGGCGAAUCAAACAAUAUUAACAUAUUGUCAAGAACUUACGACUUAAACAGAAAUGCGUCGCCUAAACAGAACAAGCUUCCUGGUUGCACUUUUGAAUUUAAUUCUGUAAACCAGGAUUUUUCGAAGAUACCUCCUGCUCCAGUCGGCCCUCCACCGCCGGCUCCCAAGGGGUGUCACAAGCCGAACAUCGCUCCGGCAAAUAAAGUUUCCGGAAAUCAGUGUAACGGGGGCAGAGUUUCAGUGCGACAAGACUCGGGGAUCUCCAGCGACAGCUUUAGUCAAACAUCGUCCCCGAGUUACACAACAAAAACGAUGGAAACUCCCCUGUUGCCGCCAAAGACUCCCGUCAGGCAACAAAACGGGAUUCUUGCUAAAGUUCAAAACGUCGAAGACGACGCUAACGGAAACACAACAAUAACCAAGAGUGCAUCGACGCCUGCAAGCUUGCAGACCAUCGUGCGCUUCCAUAAUGGGUCAAAUAUGUCUCUCCAUCAUAGGAUAAUUAGAGAUAUGAGACGUCCCUCGAGCCACUACGCUCGACGUUUAAAAUUAAGGUUUAGAUUUGCUCAAAUAAUUAUAAAUGCAAUUGCCUUGUUUGCUAUAGGCGCAGGAAUGGCGGCGUACUUUAAAGCUUACCCAACGUCAGUGCAAAUAGUAAACACGACCUUUAACACGACCAUCGCGCCAGCUGUUGAAAAAAUCAGCACAAAUCCGGCUCCUGGAAUCUGUUUACCUGUAAUCGUGAGUUUCUGUCAACAGCAUAAAGUACCUUACAACUUCACGGUUUAUCCGAACUAUAUGGGACACUUCGGACAAAGAGACGCCCAACAAGAGUUGGAGUUGUACGACGCGGUUGUCGACGUUCGUUGUUACGAACUGUCUGCCCUCUUCCUCUGCUCACUUUUCGUGCCCAAAUGUGGCCCUCAUGGGGAAGUGGUUCGACCCUGUCGCAACCUUUGCUACGAGACGAAACGGCGAUGCGGUUUCUUUCUUGACGUGUUUGGAUUGACUCUCCCGGAGUAUCUGGACUGUGCUCUGUUUCCGGAGAAGCCGGAGCGAGGCCCGUGCAUCGGCUAUCACGAAGUGAAGCAAGCCAAAUUGAGGGCUCAGAGACCAGUGUGCCCGAACGGCUUCCAAUGCGACGUAAGGCGGUGCAUCCCUAAGGACUGGCAAUGCGACGGUUACACUGAUUGCAAAGAUAAAUCCGAUGAAUUAAACUGCAAAGAAUGCGGUCCUGGAAUGAUUCACUGCGGUCAGGAGAAAUGCAUAACGCAAGAACAUAUGUGCGACGGUAAACUGGACUGUCCUUGGGGUCAAGAUGAAAGAAAUUGCUUAAGAUUAAGUGAACGGAAUGGAGAUGAAGGUAAAGGACAGUUGGAGGUAUUUAGACCCGACCAAAACGAAUGGGUGCCAGCAUGUGUAGCCCACUGGGAUCAGAAGACAUCGCCAAAAACCAUUUGUUCGCUACUUGGAUAUUCGAGUUCCAAUGGAAGCCGUUUAGUGAGAGGUACCGACAUAAACAUUUCUCCUCCGAUUCAGGAGACAACGGCUAUCUGGCGAAUGAACCAGAACAAACGACCGAAAAACAUGAUCCGAGAAUUCGGUUCGUGCAACGGAACAACAUACCCCACAGUCGCUUUAAACUGCACAAAUUACAUAUGCGGAAAAGCGAGGAAAAGUUACGCGGAACAACUGACUUUGAGGAUAGUUGGUGGUAAUCCAUCAAAACCAGGAGACUGGCCUUUCCUUGCAGCUCUCCUCGGGGGUCCAGAAGAGAUAUUUUAUUGUGCCGGCGUCUUAAUCGCCGAUCAAUGGGUACUCACGGCUUCUCAUUGCGUCGGGAACCAUUCGGACGUUUCCGGCUGGACCAUUCAACUGGGUAUUACGAGACGACACGCUCAUUCCUUUUAUGGGCAGAAAAUGAAAGUUAAAAAUGUUGUUCCACAUCCUCUAUACAACCUUGGUGUGGCGCACGAUAAUGACGUCGCUUUAUUUCAACUCUCCUCCAGGGUUGACUUUCAUGAACAUUUAUUGCCAGUUUGUCUUCCACCUGCCAAUAAGCAACUUCAUCCGGGCACAAAAUGUACGGUUAUAGGAUGGGGCAAAAAGGAAGACACUGGAAUGUCAGAAUACGAACCCGAAGUAAAUGAAGUGGAGGUGCCCGUUUUGAAUCGGGACUUGUGUAACGCUUGGCUGGAAAACCGGGAGUUGAACGUUACAGAUGGUAUGAUCUGUGCAGGAUACAAGGAGGGAGGGAAAGAUGCCUGUCAGGGAGAUUCCGGAGGUCCUUUGCUGUGUCGCGACAGCAGCGAUCCAGACCGGUGGUUUGUAGGCGGAAUCGUCAGUUGGGGUAUCAAAUGUGCUCAUCCGCACCUACCCGGAGUUUAUGCUUACGUACCGAAAUAUAUUCCGUGGAUUUUACAGCAGAUGAAGCAUUACUCUGAUUAGAUAGUAGAUAAGACAAUAAUCUCAAUUAAGCUGACAAUAAUGUAACAAGAAUGAAUGGUACAAAUUAUACACGGUAACUAUGGUUUUCUAAGACAUUUACAUGAAGAGAAUGCUUACAAAGUUACUUAGUAAGACGCAUUUGUUAUAUUGUGGUAUAGCAGUUCUCCCCUGCCACAAUCCAGCUACGCACAAUAUCUAGAAUGAUCCUCUAGUGAUAUUUCGUGACAAUUCACCUAGUGUUCGAGCGGACCGCUACUACAUGUGAUCUGUUUAUACAGCUGUGUCAUAUACAACUUUGUGCGGUAUUAAUAAAUAUACUGAACUAAAGCAUGCCAUAACGCUCACCUUCAAGAAUCUCCCAUUCGCCUAACCAACAGCUACCGGAAUCCGAAAAAUUUUUAUAACUAUACUUAUAACUAUCCUGAAAACUUUCAGAAAAUGGCAGAAAUCAAAUUUGCGUACAAAUAAACACACACACACUCGACACAUGUUUGUCAAAAACACCCCAAUUGAAUAUUGCAUGACAUUUGUGUGUUUGUCACAUGACAUACGAUAGGAUUUCCUCAAAGAUUUAAAGAGGCGUUUUAUUGUGACGGUUGAAUGUAUAAUAUAUGCUUCAUAUGUAAAUGUAUAAAUGUAUACGUAACGUGUUAACCGAAAUAUGCGUUUUCUUUUUGCUCGUGAAAAGGAUCAGUUAUGUCACAUUGAUGUUUGGCUCCCGACGAGCCCUUUAACGAGCAUGAAAGGUUCAGUAUAUUUCGUAAGAUCGCCACCUGUGCAGAAGUCUUCGAAGGCCCUAUUAGAUAACCGCCUCGCGCCCUGGUGCCGGUGUACUUGUGACAAUAAUUACUUCGGAGCCUUCUGCAAUGCUUUAAAUAUAUUUUAUACCCUUAGAAAAAGAAGAUAUCAUAGUUUUCUAUAGAUUUAUAAUGAUGUUAUCUAGUGUCUACUGUGCGCAGGUCGUGAAUUUUACAGCUCGCGGCAAGGACCAUCUUACCAGAUCGAACGAUAUAUAUACCUUUUGAAAAGAAAAUCCGUAAAAUUACCAAUAGCAGUUGGGGAUGAUGCUGUCUCAUUUUUAUUUUUAUUUUUUUCACAAACCCAAUAACAAUCGAUUCUCUUACUUACCCUCGAAAACUUAAUUACCACGGUUCGAGGAAUAUCUUUUCGAACGAUGCCGGAAUAUGAGGAAUAAAUUUUCUGUCGUUAUUUAGCUUGUCCUCGCCGUCGGCGAUUGUUAAAUUCCAAAGACCCUGCGUUUAACUAAAAUUGCGACGUGUGGGCAAUCACUAAUGAAAUACGUUGUACAUGUUUCUAAAUUGUGUUUUUCAUAUAGAAAAUGCAAAAGUCAUUAAUCGCCAAAAAACGAUUUCAUAGGUAAAUAGAUGAGGAUGUUUGUGGUCCGACGAUACUGUUCACGGAAAUAUCGCAAUUAUCAAACACAGUGAUAUUAGAAGAUAAGAGAAACAGUACUACAUUUAGUCAAUAGAAUUAUAAUUUUAGAAAUCUAAGGUUUAAAAAUAAUCCCAUCGGUUAUUUCCGGAAGCAUUGUCGUUGGUUGAAGAUUUUUGGGUGAUUAAUGACACAAAUAAAAAUAUUAUGGGCUCACAUGAAAUUUAAAUAGUCAUAAACAUAUCUCUACAUCUCGGAGAAUCAUAAAAAUUAAGUGAUAUUACAUAUCCAGACAAUAUUUUAGACAAUAAAUUUAUAUUUAUACAUCAUCGUGGGUGCUUUCAUGUGAGCUUCGAUAUGCAUAUUUGUUUGGGAAAAAAUACUAUUUUGAUAGAACCAUUCUUAUCUUUUAUGAGAUUGUUUAAAUUAGGCGAAAUUGUUCACUUAUGUGUUCCUUGGCUUUUGCUGCUACAUCUAGUCGAUGCAAUGGGACAAUAACUGGUCUAGUUAUGUGUGAUGUCCGGUCAGCAUGCUAUGUGCUUCCAGUUACCGCUCCUGUAUUAUUGAAACCUGUGUUGAAAAAAUGUAGUCAAUAUAUACCAACACUCAA